AUGGCAGACACGGACGCUUCGGAGAAAGGAGAUAAGAACCAAUCGAAGGAUGGAGAUGAAAAGACAUGUGAAUCUUGUGAGGAAACGGAGAGGAGUGAAAGCAAGAAUCCAUCUACUUUAGAACAGUUUAUCAUGGACAAUUACGCGCAACAGAAGAGCGAAGGUAGGCAUGACGCAACAGCCGAUAUUGACGAUGACAGAACAGCCAACUUUUACGCCCGUGCAAUAGGUGAAAGCAGAAGGAUGUGUCAGGAAGUGGAAAAGUCGAGAGAGAAACUGGAAAAGCUUCAUUCUGAGCUUGGUGCAGACAAAUUAGCAGCAUGGAGAACUGAGCAUGCUGCUGAAGUCCUGCUGCCAGAGGAAGCUGAGAAAAUAGCCAUGGCUGAACAGAUCUAUGCUUGAAAGAAUAGGGUACAUAAAAAUGUACUUUGAGAAAGCUCAUCAAAAACCAUGCUAGAAAAGAAGUUUUAGGAAUUUUGAAAAUGGUUGAUUUUACGGGUG